AUGUCACGACAGUCAACAGCCGAUGAACAAGAAGGGAUAACAUUGGAAGAAAAUUCUUCACUCGUAUCAACUAAUGAUGAUUUGAAGGAAUUAUGUAUGUUGCUUGACGAAGAAAGGUAUAAAAUGCAUCAGUUAGCUGAACAAUGGAAACACUUUGGUACAAGUACAAUAAACAAACUUGCAUCUCAAAUAGUUGACUACGAAGAAAAAUUACAUGAUCUCGAAGAAAGACAAAUAUCACUAUUGAAAGAAAAUGAAUCUCUUAAAUCUCUCAUUGAUCAAUCCAUGUUAACAACAAUAAACAACACUAGUACUCAAUUAGUAGAUAAACAAUCCGAAAAAAAUGUUUCAACACAAACACCUAUUGAUAGACAAGAAUCAUCACCUGAUAUGUCUAUGGAUGAUUCGCUUCAACGCCAAAUUUCACUUCAAAAUAUGUUUGAUGCUAUUAAAACUGCUGAAAUUUAUGAAUCUAUCGGAAAUGUAACUGGAAAUGAUGACUCGGGCAAAACUAUUCUAAAAGAAUUUUGUAAUCUUAUUUGGAAAUAUCUCGAAGAGCGUUCAAAACCAAAGAGUAGUUGUUUAUUAUAA